UCCUUUAUAUUCUGCUUACAAUACAAGCUUCGAACCCAUCUUUUUUAAGGGAAAUUCUCACGCAACGUUGUGUUUCCUUGUCGGAUUUGUAAGCCUAGAGUUGCAGAAGAUCGAGAGAGAGAGAGAGAGAGAGAGAGAGAAUGGGAAAGGAUAGGAAGAUUGGAGUGGCGAUGGACUUCUCGAAGAGCAGCAAGAACGCUUUGGAAUGGGCGAUUGCGAACUUGGCUGACAAAGGUGACACCCUUUACAUCAUCCACAUCAAACCCAACUCCCUCGGCGAGUCCCGCUCCCAGCUCUGGGCCCAAUCCGGUUCUCCUCUGAUUCCAUUGUCAGAGUUUAGGGAGCCACAGAUUAUGAAGAAUUACGGUGUCCAAACUGAUAUGGAAGUUCUUGACACACUCGACACUGCUUCCAGGCAGAAAGAGGUGGAUGUUGUGACAAAAUUGUAUUGGGGAGAUGCAAGGGAGAAGCUUCUUCAAGCAGUUGAAGAUCUGAAGCUGGACUCUUUGGUCAUGGGAAGCAGAGGGCUUAGCACCAUCAAAAGGAUCGUACUGGGGAGUGUGAGCAACUUUGUGCUCACGAAUGCUGCAAUCCCUGUGACCAUCGUCAAGGACCUGAGCAUGCAACAACAUUAAAACUGUAUGAUCGAUAAUUAAUUAGAAAUUUGGAGCUGGUUUUAUAAUAAUCUGUAUUAUCGAUAAAUAAUUAGAAGCUUGGAUCGGUUUUUAUAAUAAUCUGCCAUUAUUUUCGACAUUGGCAUUGCUUUGUUGAAGAUGAAUGCAUUUGGUUUUGUGUAUUA